AUGACAGACACUGUUCCAAGCAAUGGCUCGUCUGAUCCACAGCCCGCUUUUAAUCUUCAAAAUCCAGUGAUUGAAACUGAAGGCCUUGCUAAAUUAGACACCAUUCUAGAUCAAAUAGCUGCGUUCAACCCAGUGUCAGCACCAAACGAGUUAACUGGCAACCCAGAUGAGCCUAGAAACUUCGAUCCAAAACUAUAUCUUAAAAACAUCACGCAUAUCAAAGAAAACGAAUGGGUACUCGUCAGACUCCCGUCCCAAGGGUCCAAGUUGGUCGAGUUGAAGAAGGAUAGGGUUGUCAGUUUGGGGAAGUUUGGGAAUUUCCAAGUCAACCAGAUCCUUGGUUAUAAAUUCGGCCAGACUUUCGAAGUAAUGGAUAAUGAUAAUGUGAAACCAGUUGAUGGUCGACCUGUGUUUGAUGAAAUCAGUGCGUCUAUUGGUGGUGGUGGUGAUGAUGAAGAGGAGGAGGAAGAGGAGGAGGAAAUAGAAGUAGAACAACAACAACAACAACAAAAACAGCAAGGGAAACAGCAAGCAAAUGAAAACCAAGAAAUUGCCAACCAACUCCAAAACUCUGCCGAUCAAACAAAUAAAGAUAAAGCAGAUAUCAUCGAAAAACUUAUGAAAUUCUCCGAGGAUAAUAGUAAUUUGGUAGAUUUGGGAGCAAAAGUGCAAACCCUUUCAACCUUGGAAAUUGAGGCGAUGAAAAAGCAAAGUUACAGUUCGGAGACCGGUAGAAAAAUCAUCGAAUCGAUCAUCAACCAGCACGGGAACUUUGAUAAAAAGACCAAAUAUUCUCAAGCCAAGUACCUCAGGCGUAAACGGGAAAAAUACUCAAGAUUCUUCAUCAUUGAAUACAUAUCGGCAAAAGAAUUGUUGAACUAUUACAUUGACAACAAAGAUAUCCGCAAGAGUUUGGACUUGAGUGAGGAAUCAAUGGCGUAUAUCUUGAACCUUGCUAACGUUAGACCAGGGGGCAGAUACUUGAUUAUGGACGAAUCUUUAGGGCUCCUCACUUACUGUAUGUUGGAAAGAAUGAAUGGUCAAGGGGAAAUCGUGGUGGUUUCUGAAAAUGAACACGUGAAUUUGACGGCAUUAGAAAGAUAUUCCAACUAUCCACCGGUAUAUAUUAACAAGAUGGUUAAAACUAUUGAUUUCUUACAAUUUAUCAGCCCAAUCGAUGACAUUUUGGCGAGCGAUGAAGCCUGCGCAUUCUUUAAACCAUUACCUAAAGAUGAGGUUGAUAAGUUACUGAAAACUAAAAAAGCUCGCUACGUUAAAAAAUUCUCAAACUACUCCGACUUAAUCAAAAUUCUCAAAACUUGCAAAUCAGGAAACUUUGACGGGCUCAUUCUUCUAACGACAUUAUACAUUCCUUCGGUUCUUGAGAGUCUUAUAGGUAAGGUUGGUGGCUCAAGAUCCGUGGUUAUUUACAGUCAGUUUAAAGAACUAUUGGUGGAAACUUUCCACGCGAUUGCAAAUCAAAACAUUCCAAUCUUGGGAGCAAGUGUUUAUGAAACCAGAGCAAGAAGCUAUCAAGCGGUUCCAGGGAAAAUUCAUCCAGUCAUGACCAGUAGAGGUGGUGGUGGUUACGUUAUGUGGGGAACGAGAGUUUUCCAAUUGGAAAAGGUCGAGGCAGUUGGUAAAGGUAAUAAGAAGAAGAAGCAAAAGAUGGAAAGCUCACCUUGA